UGAAGAGAGUGCCUUAGCUCUGGUUGUGUCGGCGGCGAGGACGUCUUUCACGCGGGCGGUGACGGUGUUGAGGAGAUCAUCGUAGGAGUCGUAGGAUGAGGGAGUGUGGUGGGUUGCUGAGAGGAGUGGUGGUGGUGGGUUUGAGGCUGCUGCGGACAUUGUGUUGCAAUCCGGUGCGGGAGGAAGUGGAAGCACCUUGGAUGGAGAGCGCCUAUGUUUUGUGUUCACGUUUCCAAAGUCCGCAGGGGAACGCGUUUUGCGGGACAGCGUGUGGUGAUUACGAAAGCCUGGGUCUGCAUAUGUGCCCUGACAAUUGAUCUUGCGCCUUCUCCACAUCCACAGCGUACUGGACCUUGCAGAACGGACGCCUCCCCAUAAAGUAAACCCAACACAAGGGGCUUGCAUACCCGUCUCUCCCGCAUACGCUAGUUAACCAGAAGGAUCCACCAAUCUCGCCGAUGGCACCAAAAUCAACUACUUCGAGAUCGCCUGAGCGUGGCCGAUCGACCCGUCGCUCCAGGUCCCGAUCUCGCUCGCCUUCGCGCUCCAGCUCCCGGUCUUCUUACACCCGCAGCUCGUAUUCUCGUUCACGUUCGCGCUCGGUGUCACGGUCUCUUUCACGAUCCCUCUCCCGGUCUCGCUCUCGCUCCCGCUCACUGUCUAGAUCGAAGUCAAGAUCACGUUCGCGAUCGCCACCAGCGUCUCCACCCCAAAAGUCUGUCCGGCCGGUCGAGACAAGGACAACAAAGGUAGUUGCGACCGGAUUGACGAAGAACGUGAAUAAGGAGCAUCUUUUGGAGAUUUUUGGACACUAUGGGGAGCUGAAGGGCGUGGAGUUUACCGAAGGCCUAGGUCCCGAGCGAGGCAGAGCCUUCAUCAUCUUCAACGAAUUAGCCCCGGCUCAGAAAGCAUGUCGCUAUAUGGACGGUGCAAACAUCGACGGUCUUGACAUCACAUGCUCCAUCGUGAUUGACUACAGUAAACCACCACCCUCGCCGUCUGCUCACGUUCAUCCGGGUCGGCAAGCGUUGCUAUCGCGUCCGGACCCGGCGCCGCCUGCAUCAGCAACGCGACGACGGUCUGUUUCAAAGGACCGGGAAAGAACUUAUGCAAGGAAGGGAUAUACGGGAAGGAGCCCCAGUCCAUCCCGCGGGAACAGAAGACGAAGCAGAAGUCCACUUCGCCGCCGCCCGUACUGAUGUGGAAGGUGACUUAGUUUAGGUUCCUUGUAGUUGACGCCCUUUGUACAGAUUAUAUAAGCCACAUAGCGAGGGGCUGGGGCGAUCUCGUGGAAACCGGUGGUGGAGUUUACGCGUCAAAGUUCACAUACCUGAGUUUAAUACACACAACGAACUUUUUGUGCCUCGAUUUAGUAACUAUGCUUCCCGGCGGUAACCCAGAUAUAACCCGUCAGGGACAAAAGCCAUGAGCGAAAUUGCGUA